GUCAUUUGUAAUGUCAAUUGUCAACAAAAGUACGGUUGUGUUGUGUAGGAUACGAUUAAAACUAAAAUUAUUUGUUGAAUUAACCAUUUACACGUACACAUUUUUAGAUUUGAAUUAACAAAAAGUAUACAUUUUUUUAAAUAUAAUGUCCAACGUAUCGAAACGAAGAAAAGACGGCUCCAGAGCCAAGAUCAAGACCAUGGGCGACCACAAGGAAUUCCUGAAGAGGAUCACAAAGACCUUGUACUACGGAGAGCUUCCUACUCUGCCCUGCCUUAGUCUGCCAGUCACUGAAAUCUCAUGCGAGAUGUGGUCGGACGCGCAGCGCGGGCGCUCGCUGCGGCGCCUGCACGCAGACGCAGCGGCGCGCAUCGCUCGCUCUGCGUGCGUGUCUCCGUGCGCGCUCGUGCUCGCCGUCCUGUACCUCGAGCGCUUGAAGCGCUGCAACGCCGACUACCUCACCGCUGCCGCGCCCGAUCAUCUCUUCCUCAUCUCACUGAUGGUAAGCAACAAGUUCUUACAAGACGAUGGGGAGGACGACGAGGUGAUCUGCUCCGAGUGGGCGGCGUCUGGGGGACUUGAUCUCAGCCAGCUCAACAAACUUGAAGUGGAUUUCCUUAAUGCUAUAGAUUGGAAUGUGUUUGUGAGCGAGAAGUCGUUCGAGGCGGGGCUGGCGUGGCUCGAGCGACAGGUGGCGCUGCGGCAGGCGCGCGCGCGCGGCUUCUUCACUUACUCUGACCUGGCCGCCGCCAGCGACACCGCGCUGCUGGCCGCCGUGGCCAGGGACGCUGUCCUGGGCCUCUCGGCGAUCCUGGCCCUGCUGACGUCGGCCGUGCUGCUGCUGCUGGCGCACAGCGCGGCCCGAACUGCCCUCUCCGCUCAGACGUCCGCCGCAUCUCCCCUCACAACCGCACAAGUCACUCCCAAUAUGCCCAACACUACUGUUGAAACACAAGACAAUGAUAAUCUGUCUCGUUUGAACGAAUACCCCACCAGCUUCGAGUGUUGCGACGGAUGGUCUAAGUACCAGGAGACUGUGGAGACAAAGAGGAAUUGGUUUGAUGCAGUUGUGCUUCACGAUUGGAAAUCAUUUGAGCCGUGGUGGUCUAAGACUUCCGUCUUGAACUGGUUGUAUCAAAGCUCGUUGAUCAAUCCCAUGCAGAAAUGGCUAGAGAAAAUAAAUCUGUACACAGAAUUCUUCAAAGCCCAGGAUGUCCUCCCAGGACUGGAACAGUGCGACGGUAGCAGGAGAUACAGCGAGAGGCGCUGCGUCCGCCAGUGGCUCAAUCUUAGUAAACUAAACGUUUUCGUGGCGUCCAUGUCUGAUCGAUAGAUUAAGUUUUACACGCGAUUUAUGUAGAAGUGAGGUGAGGAUGUACUGUAAACUUUCUUUUGAGGAGAUUUUUAGUGUUACAUCACGCUCCACAUGCAUUCUGCAUUCUUUAUAUAUUAAUAGUAAAUAAAAAUAUAACAACGAUCUAUUUUUUUAAAUAAAAAUUAUAUUCUGGCCUCACUUAAAAAGGAGCAACUUUCAUUACUCUAUUCCGUGUUUUCAAUACGUGUCAGGUCCCGUACCAAAGGCGCGUAAAAAGCUUCGCUUUAAAAAACCAUCCUCGCCGCUUCCAUGUCCCUCCAUUCUGUACGCUAAGUGCGCGAAAAAAAUGUAAUUUUUAUGGGUAGGUUGUCUGUAUAAUUAUUAAUUUAAAACGCUCUAAUGUAAAGCAAUGACAGUUAUAUUGAUGUUGACCCAGUACUUAGGCCUAGCAUGCGUCAACGACAUUCUCCUGAAGAGAAGAAGAGAUUCGACCAAUAGCGACAGAGCAACAAAAGAAAGUGAUAUUUUCGACUCUACGGCUAUUGGUCAAUAUUUGUUUUGCUCGUGAGUUAAGUCGUGGUGCAUACUGGUCAUCUGUUAACACCAUUAACCAUUUUGUUCAUUACCUACUGCAACAGAUAGGUCUAGUGAAGGUACUAUACUAUACAUUAAAGUAUACGGUACUCAUGGUCGUGCUCCCUCCACCCGUGCACCCGCGUCAGUGACAGUUUUAUCUAUUGUAUCAUUAUUAUCUAGUUACGGCAAAAUAAAUUGGAUUUGGUGAUAUCACAAAUGAAAGAAAAAAGGUGUAACGUUAUUGUGUAAGUGUUUUUUUUUUAUAAAUCAAACGUUUAUACUUAAAAAUCUUAUCAUUCAAAAAAAACAUUAACCAUUGUAAACUCUACUAUGUAUAUAUUUUUGUACGUGUUGUAACUAAAUAAAACGCAUUUUUUUAUAUAAUAAA